CGAAUAACAUGACAACCAAUUUAUCGUCCAACAAGACAWAUCAAUCUUGCUUUUUCCUCUUCGUUGGCUUUGAUCACGUUCAGCACAUUAAAUGGACAUUUGCGUUUUGCAGCAUUUUGAAUUGUAUCCUUUCAAUAACUGCCAUUAUUGGGAAUGCAAUUGUCUUAGCGACGAUCUGGAAAAACCCAUCGCUCCAUACACCACCAUUUUGCUUGAUAUUCAGUUUAGCCAUCUCUGACCUGGGCGUUGGCCUAAUUGCUCAACCCUUUUGUGUYGUMUACAAGAUWAGUGAAAUGUUMAUGAACUUCGAUGUCUAUUGCAUUACUGGUAUUGGGAGUGAACUCUUAUCUUUUUUAUUCUCUGCCACCGCAUUUCUGACUAUMGCAGCGAUUUCUGUUGAGCGGUAUUUAGCAAUUCAUCUUCAUUUGAGAUACCAAGACAUCGUUCAAGUCAGCCGUGUGAUAAUAGCAAUUGUAGUGCUUUGGUUUUUAGGAAUAUUUAUUACUUUUUGUAGAUUAUUCUGUUUCGCUUUUGAUUGUACGAUUUUGGUUGCGGUUCUUGUAACAGUUUGCGUAUUUUUUCUUCUUGUUACUAUAAUCUGUUAYAUCAAGAUAGGAUUAACUGUGAGACGUCUCUUAAAAACACAAAUCURCCCAAUCAUUCCCACAARCACWUUCGAAACAAACGACCAAAAGCGAGGAAAUCUAGACAGAGUGCARCUAAAGCAAAAGAAAAAGUCCGUCAUUACAAUGUUGUACAUUGUAGGAACAUUUGCUGGAUGCUUUGUACCAUAUAUGGGGACUCUACUUGUUUGUGUCAUGUUGGAYUGGAACACAUUUUCUAGAGGACUACUUAACAUCAUGUUCCCCUUCGUCUUCCUAAACUCCAGUCUUAACCCUGUUCUAUAUUUUUGGCGGAUGCGAGASCUCAGAGUUUUAGCGAAGGAAACUAUACGUAAUUUAUUAAAAUCAUAA